AUGGCCAGGCAAUGGGUCCUAACCGGCCAAGACGGCUUCGAGACCUCGCUCCAGUACCAAACGGGCCUCAGCAUCCCGUCCAAGACCGACCUAGCGCCCAACGAAGUCCUCGUCAAGAUGCACGCCGCCAGUCUGAACUACCGCGAGCUGGUGAUCGCCGGCCCGAUGGGCAUCAACGGACCGAUAACCCCACCGAUCGUCCCAGGCUGCGAUGGCGCCGGCACAGUCGAGGCCAUCGGAUCCUCCGUCCGCGACUUCCAACCUGGCGACCGAGUCCUAACGCACCCUGCCCCCCGAGCCGUCGAAGCGCGCGGCGACGACGCACACGCUAGCAUGACCGAAGCCGUCAACGCCCUGGGUCAAGGCGACGACGGCACAUUGCGAUCCUGGGCUGUAUUCCGCGAAUCUGGGCUCGUGCACGCGCCCAAGACGCUGGACUGGCUAUCGGCAGCGACUUUGCCAUGCACCUGGCUCACGGCGUGGAACGCCCUCUUCGGCCUGGACGGUAAGAAAGCGGGCCCGGGGUCUUGGGUCUUUGUUCAAGGCACAGGAGGUGUGAGCGUCGCAGCGCUCCAGCUCGCUGUUGCCGUUGGCGCCACCGUCGUCGCGACUACAUCAACAGAUGAGAAGGCGACUCGUCUCACGGCGCUAGGCGCGAAGCAUGUAGUCAAUUACCGGACGAACGCAAAGAGUUGGGGCGAGGAGGCCCGGGCCUUCACGCCGGACGGAAGGGGGUUCGACAUCGUGAUUGACAUCGGCGGGAACGAGACCCUGCCUCAUUCUCUGGCUGCGAUCCGCGUGGAUGGGGUUAUCCUUGUGGUUGGACAUGUUGGGGGCACUGCGGAGGUUGUGCCGCUGUUCGCUGCCAUGAUGCACUCUUGUAUUGUGCGUGGGAUCCUGGCCGGCACCCGGAACCAGUUUCGGGAGUUGGUAAGGUUUGUGGAUGAGAGGGGGGUUGUGCCUGUGGUUGACGAUGUGGUUUUUGAGCUGGAGGAGGCGAAGGAUGCGUAUCGAUGGUUGAAGGAGAAGAGGCAUUUUGCUAAGGUUGUGAUGAGGAUUGAGCAUGAGGUCUAA